AUGGUUUCCGCGAAUCGUAGGAAAGCGAGGGGUAAAGAGCAACGAUCCAAACCUGUCGAAAAGAAGAAGAAGAAUGCAGACGUCACCGACGAAAUCCUCCGAAACGUCUACUAUGAUCCUGGAAACCCUGCAGGGUUUGGUGGAGUUGGACGGCUCCAUCAAGCAGUCGGUUCCAAGUACGGAAUCACGCGACAACAAGUGAAGGACUGGUUGCGUUCACAAGACACUUACACUCUUCAUAAACCCAUCAGACGUCAGUUUAAAAGAGGUCGCGUGGUCGUUUCCGGCCUGAACCACCAGUGGCAGGCUGAUCUUGCCGACUUGUCAUCGUUGGCUAAGCACAACGACGGAUAUCGUUACCUACUGACGUGUAUCGACGUGUUAUCAAAGUUUGCCUGGGCCGUUCCGAUCAAGGACAAGAAAGGUUUGACGCUGGUUGAAGCCUUUCAGUCCAUUCUUGAUGAGGGUAGGAAACCCUGGCGGUUGCAGACGGAUCAAGGUACGGAAUUCCUGAAUCGACACUUCCAGACCCUCUUAAAGAACGAGGACAUCGAAUUAUUCACAACGUUCAUCGCCGAGACGAAGGCAAGCGUCGUCGAGAGGUUUAACCGUACUCUGAAAAUUCGCAUGUGGAAAUAUUUCACAGCCAAUAACACCCAUAGGUACAUAGACGUCUUAGACAAUCUUUUGGAUGCAUACAACCAUUCAUACCACCGCAGCAUUAAAAAGGCACCAGUAGAAGUAACCAAAAAGAACCAACGGCUCGUGUGGCACACGUUGUACGGUACGUCAGAAAAGAAAAAGAAGAAAAGACCAUCAUUCAAAUAUAACGUGGGCGAUUCCGUCAGGAUAAGCAAGACUAAGAUGUUUACGGAAAAGGGCUACACUGCAGGGUGGAGCACUGAAAUUUUUACCAUUUCGAAACGAAUCGCCCGUAGCCCUCCAGUUUAUCGAGUCACAGAUUACGACGGGGAAGAAUUAAAGGGAACGUUUUACGAGGAGGAGUUACAGAAGGUAACCAAGAAAGACGACGACGAGGUCUAUCAGGUGGAGAAAAUUCUAGACACGAGACGACGCGGUAAGAAGACUGAACAUUUUGUCAAAUGGAAAGGAUACCCCAACAAGUUUAACAGUUGGGUGAGGGAAGAGGACAUGGUUCCGAUAUGA